AUGUUAUCUCUACGCCAAACUUUGAGAUUUGUUGCCCCCGCUUCCAGAGCUUUUUCUACUUCUAGAGUAGCCAUGCAAAAGCAGGUUACGAAGACUGCACAGACCUUGGCUGAAGUCAACGGUCCAGAGAGUUUGAUCGGUCCAGGUGCUAAGGCUGGUGAAGUUCCUACUGAUCUUGAGCAAGCCACUGGUCUAGCCAGAUUGGAAUUGCUAGGUAAGUUGGAAGGUAUUGACGUUUUCGACACCAAGCCUUUAGAUGCUUCUAGAAUCGGUACCAUGGAAAACCCUAUUUUGGUGGAUACCUACGAUGACUAUCGUUAUGUUGGUUGUACCGGUUCUCCAGCUGGUUCUCACACUAUAAUGUGGUUGAAGCCAACUGUCGGCAAGGUCGCCAGAUGCUGGGAAUGUGGUUCCGUCUACAAAGUCAACGCAGUGGGUGUCAAGACUGAUGACGACCACCAUCACUGA